AUGCAAGUCACUUUCACACCACAUAGAAGUCUAAACUCAUCACGUGGUGUGAUAUCUGAGAUUGAUCUGAUGUCUGAAGAAGAAUCAGAUAUUCAGCUAGGCCUUUCAGAUCAAGGUCUCACUGAUGACCAAUGCAUCUCAAUUUGUCAAGAAGACAAGAUAAUUUCUACUAAAUAUCUAAUUGUGACAUUUGAUAAACCAACAUUGUUAUCUUUUCUCAUAGCAGGAUAUUUGCGCUGUCCAGUUCGCCCAUAUGUUCCAAAUCUGCUGCAGUGCUUCAAAUGCCAGAGAUUUGGACAUUCGCAAGCAAGCAGCCAAAGGAAGAGUGUAUGUGUGCAGUGUGGAAUUGAAGGUCAUCAGAGUACUGAGUGUACCAGUACUCCAUGCUGUGUAAACUGCAAAGAUGCCCACCCUGCCUAUUCCCGGAAAUGCCCUGCAUGGGAGAGAGAAAAAGAGAUUCACCGGUGA